AGACAAUGUAGACGGCGAUGGGAUGAGUUUUAUGUUUCUCGCCGAUCUCUAUGAGAUGUAUUACGCUCGAUAUUAACUUGUAGUUUAGUUGACGUUCAGUGGUGUUUGAGUGCGGACGUUACCAAUUUCACGUAUUACUGCGGUUAAAUACUGACUAAAAAGUAGCUAUUUUCGAAGUGAAUUUACGAAUAAAACCGCGAUUACACACACACGCACACACACACAAUGAGUUGGCGCUUUUGCUGCCUUCUGGUGGCCACAUUGGCGACGAUAGCAGAAAUGCAUGCGAAGCCGCUAAUUGCAGAUCCCACUUUUUCUGAUAUUGACCUUGUGGCCGAAGACUCGCAGCGCGCUGAAGUUUAUGCAGCUGCGCCAGCGCGCAUAAAACGAGCGCCACAAUUUUGGGGUAAUGACUACAAUGGGGACAGUGGCAGCAGCGGUGGUGGUGGUUUUGGUGACCCGAACAAAUUUGAAAUAAAUAACAGUCCCGCUUAUAACAAUAACGCUUAUUCCACUCAACAAAAUGCUUACAAUAAUGAUUUCUUGUAUAAUAAUUAUGAUAGUUAUGCGCAGCAACAGCAACUACCGGCUGUGGUAGUGUCUCACCAACCUCAACCUAACACAGCCACUGUUGUAGGCCACGAGCAACAAAGCAAUAUUCCACCUCCACCAAUCGUAGCACCUCAACAACAAUAUCGCCCAGCCGCAGUCGCAGUCGUCGGAGGACAUGUGCAACAACCUGGUUCACCACCACCGCCAGCAGCACCACCACUUGCCACUGCAGUUUCUAAUAACGCACAAACAUAUGAUUCGUACUCACCACAGGCUUCCUAUAUUAACCAACACUCACACAACUCACCUCAAAAAUAUCAACAAGAAACAUCGCCACCACAACCUCCACCACCGCCGCCACAAAGACCAUCGUUCGAUUACUAUGAUUAUUACACAAGUGAUUUCUCAUCAGAUUUUCACAACUAUCCGCCACCACCGGGGCGUGGACCUGGUUUUCACGGUCACCAUGCUUUUGGCUACCCACCAGGUCCGCCAUUCGGAGGUCCGCCCGGCUUCAAUAGAGGACCGCCGCAUUUUGGACCACCAGGUUAUGGACCACCAGGUUAUGGACCACCAGGUCAUGGACCACCAGGUCAUGGACCCCCAGGCUAUGGACCACCAGGUCAUGGGCCACCUGGUCAUGGACCACCAGGUUUUGGAGGACCACCAGGCUUUGACCGCGGUCCACCGCCACCUCCGCCACCAUAUCCGCCGCAAUAUCCGCCGCCACCACCGCCGCCACCUCCGCCGCCUGCGCUAGUUAGUACUACUUCUGCUUCUGCUAUUCAACCGACAACUGAUUCUCCACCAACAACAAAUGCACCUUUGCCUACCGAACAAACAUUUGCUCCAAUACCCAGCACUACACCAGCACCGCUGGUGGUGACAGUUACACCAACAACCUCUUCCACAACAACCGAACCAGUCUUUGAUAUUGACGUUAGAUUUGGAGAUUAAUUAGUGUCAUUACAGUGAAGAAGAGAAAUCAAUUAUAGAGUUCGUGCGCUACGAUAUUUUGCCGAAACUUGCCAUUCGGGCUUUGAAAUCAAACUGGUGUUAAUAAAGUAGAAACGAAAGACUUCAGCAACGAA